UCAGGUCCAGUUUGACCGGAAACAUUGCUGAAAUAACGAUGCGCUCACUUUCACAACCGAUCUACAUAAAUAUCAGCAGAACUCAUUUGCGAUCCGCCUAAUUCGUUGCCACCUUUGACUUUUGCAUUUCGCGAAUUCUGGCGUAUAUAAGCCCCCACCCAGCUCCAGUGGAGCAUCAGACAGUCAUCAACUUUCUAUCCAGCUCCAACAUGAAGUUCCUCAUCGUUUUCGUCGCCCUCUUCGCCAUCGCCCUGGCCCGCCCCAACGAUGUGGUGAUCGUCAGGAGUGAGUCCGAUGUUGGACCACAACAGUGGAGCUCCGACGUGGAGACCAGCGAUGGCACCAGCAUCAACCAGAAAGGUUCUCUUAAGAAUGAAGGCACUGAACACGAAGCCGCUGUCGUUCACGGAUCCUACUCCUGGGUGGACGAGAAGACCGGCGAGAAGUUCACCGUCACCUACGUGGCCGAUGAGAACGGAUUCCAGCCCCAGGGCGCCCAUUUGCCCGUGGCACCAGUUGCUUAAAUUAUUUAAAUGACUGAAAUAAACUGAUUUUUAGCUGCAAAA